UCUCCACCCUCUCAAGAGAGUUGAAUCAACAACAAAAUAAACUCUAGAGAGAGAAACAGGAGAGAAAGAGAGAGAAGAUGUCGGACGAGGAGCAUCAGUUCGAAUCUAAGGCGGACGCCGGUGCAUCCAAGACUUACCCUCAGCAAGCUGGCACCAUCCGCAAGGGUGGUUACAUCGUCAUCAAGGCCAGACCCUGCAAGGUCGUUGAAGUCUCCACCUCGAAAACUGGCAAGCAUGGGCACGCCAAGUGUCACUUUGUGGCAAUCGACAUUUUCAAUGGCAAAAAGCUCGAAGAUAUCGUUCCAUCCUCUCAUAAUUGUGAUGUGCCUCAUGUGAACCGUACCGACUAUCAGCUCAUUGACAUCUCCGAAGAUGGUUUUGUUUCUCUUCUGACUGAAAAUGGCAACACGAAAGAUGAUUUGAAGCUUCCCACCGAUGACAGUCUGCUUAGCCAGAUUAAAGGUGGGUUCGAGGAAGGAAAGGACCUUGUGGUUUCUGUCAUGUCUGCUAUGGGAGAAGAGCAGAUCUGUGCCCUCAAAGACAUUGGUCCCAAAAAUUAAAUAGA